AUGGAGUGUUUUGGAAAAUUUCCUUAUGAAGCAACGCCUCAAGUACCAAGGUUUAACCCAUACCAAUGUCCAUGCUAUCCAGUAGCAUGUUGCGCAUAUUGCGGUCGAUAUGCAGGAUUUAAUCCACGCGUUGUGACACCGUAUAAUUGUAAUUCUGGAUAUUAUCCUCCUCAAAAAAAUUCACUGCCAGAGAUUUGUGGGAAUCGAAGAAGUAUGCAACCACGAACAAAUAAUCUUGUGGGCCGUGCAGUUUAUGGGGAAUAUCCUUGGACUGGAGCCAUAUUAGAUACAGCUAAUUCGUAUUUAGGCGGUUGUGUAUUAAUAAAUAAACGCACCGCUUUGACCGCAGCCCAUAAGAUUGCUGACUAUACUAAUACGCCUUUGAAAGUAAGAUUUGGCUUUUUAAAUGGUAAACUAAUUGAUGACAAUACAAAAGAAUAUAAUGUUCAAACUAUAACAAUUCAUCCGAAUUAUGAUCGUACUACUUUUAAAAGUGAUAUAGCUAUUUUAAAAUUUAGUGAAGACAUUACGUAUAGCUCUGUUAUUGGUCCAGUUUGUUUACCAAAUACCGAAAACUUAAUAGUAGGUUCUCAGAAAUGUUGCUGGGUAUCUGGUUGGGGACAAGAUAAAUUUACCGAUGGAAUGUAUCAAAGUGUACAAAAAAGUGUACAAGUACCAAUAGUUGAUACAAAUUCAUGUGAAAGACAACUACAAAGCACUCAACUUGGACAAGGUUUCACUUUGGAUAGAAACAGUUUUAUUUGUGCGGGAGGCAACUUAAAUGAAGAUGCUUGUACUGGUGAUGGUGGUUCACCUUUAGUUUGUGAAUUGACAACUGGACAAUGGACUGUCGUGGGUUUAGUCAGUUGGGGUGUUGGCUGUGGUCAACCAAAAAUCCCCGGUGUAUAUGUGAAUGUUGCACAUUUUCUACCAUGGAUACAAUCACAAAACAAUAUUCGAUAA